AUGAGCGAGGCUGGCAGCGCUGAGGAGGCUUGUCGGCACAUGGGAACUAAAGAAGAAUUUGUUAAAGUCAGAAAGAAGGACCUGGAACGACUGACAACUGAAGUGAUGCAAAUACGGGACUUCUUACCCAAAAUACUAAAUGGGGAAGUACUGGAAACCUUCCAGAAAUUAAAGAUUGUAGAAAAAAACCUGGAGAGGAAGGAGCAGGAGUCAGAGCAACUGAGGAUGGACUGUGAGCACUUCAGAGCCCGCCUGGAGUCCAUGCAAGUGGACAGCGUGAGGGAGAAGAAGGAGAAGCUGGCUCUUCGACAGCAGCUGAACGAGGCCAAGCAGCAGCUGCUGCAGCAGGCCGAGUACUGCACGGAGAUGGGCGCUGCGGCCUGCACCAUCCUGUGGGGCGUCUCCAGCAGCGAGGAGGUGGUCAAGGCCAUCCUGGGAGGGGAUAAAGCUUUGAAGUUUUUCAACAUCACUGGUCAAACAAUGGAGAGUUUUGUGAAAUCACUGGAUGGGGAUGUUAAGGAGCUGGAUUCUGAUGAAAAUCAAUUUGUUUUUGCUUUGGCCGGAAUCGUAACAAAUGUAGCUGCCAUAGCCAGUGGCCGUGAAUUCCUGGUUAACUCGAGCCGGGUGCUCCUGGACACCAUACUGCAGCUUCUGGGGGACCUGAAGCCCGGACAGUGUACCAAACUCAAAGUGUUAAUGCUGAUGUCCCUGUACAACGUGAGCAUCAAUCUGAAAGGCUUGAAGUACAUUAGUGAGAGCCCAGGAUUCAUCCCUUUGCUGUGGUGGCUUCUGAGUGAUCCCGACGCAGAGGUGUGUCUUCACGUGCUGCGCCUCGUCCAGUCUGUGGUGCUGGAGCCAGAAGUCUUCUCCAGGUCAGCCUCUGAGUUCCGGAGCUCCUUGCCCCUGCAGCGCAUCCUGGCUAUGGCCAAGAGCCGCAACCCCCACCUGCAGACCGUGGCCCAGGAGCUCCUGGAGGACCUGCGUGCUCUGGAGCGUGAUGUGUAG